AUGACUAAAAUCUGGCCUCACCCAAUCAAAGCUGCAGUUUUCGACUGCGAUGGUGUUCUUCUUGAUACCAUUCCAAUCUACCGCAAAGUCAACAGCACCAUUAUUGGCCAAGAAUACCCAGAAUGGAUGCUUAACAUGAACAAUGGCAGAACAGAUAUUGAAGUCUGCAGAAAUAUUAUCAACCACUUCAAGCUCAACCUCACUCCACAAGAAAUGGUUAAGCUUCGCUACCAGUAUCUCGAUGAAAUGUUACCAGAGUGUAAUCUCGUCCCAGGCGUUGAGAGAAUCAUCAAAACUCUCAAAGAAAAGGGACUCAAGGUCGCAAUCGCUACAAGCUCUGAGAGACACGGCUAUAAUGACAAAAUCCAGAAACAUAAGGACUUCGAAAAGUACUUCGACUAUGUCCUUUGUGGUGAUGAAGUCUCAAACGCUAAGCCAGAUCCAGAGAUUUUCCAGAAAACCGCAGCUAACAUCUGCGACUUCCCACCAGAAAACGUUCUUGUAUUUGAGGAUGCUCCUUCUGGCGUCAGAGCUGCAAACUCUGCUAAGAUGCCAUCUGUUCUCUUAUGGAGACAGACAAUUAAACCAGAUGAGUUCCUUGAAAAGCUUGAUGCUAAGCCAAAUCUAAUUAUUAACUCAUUUGAUGAAUUUGACUUCAACUCUUUCGACUUCCAGGCUUAA